AUGGAUGGCGAUGAAAUGGCCCGCGUUAUGUGGCAUUGGAUUAAGGAGAAGCUGAUAAUGAAGUACUUAGACCUCCCUAUUGAGUACUUUGACCUGAGCAUACAGCACAGAGAUAAAACGGACGACGCCGUGACACUUGAGGCUGCGCAAGCAAUUAAAAAACAUAAAGUAGGGGUUAAGUGUGCAACCAUUACUCCUGAUGAAGCGCGAGUUAAAGAGUUUGGGUUGAAGAAGAUGUGGAAGUCGCCUAACGCUACAAUUAGAAAUGCAUUAGGAGGCACAAUUUUUCGCUGUCCUAUCAUCAUAGACAACAUUCCUCGUUUGGUCUCGUCUUGGCGAUCGCCGAUAGUAAUUGCGCGUCAUGCAUACGGCGAUCAAUAUCGCGCUCAAGACUUUCGUGUCCCCGGCCCGGGCACUGUAACCAUCACCUACACACCUGCUGAUGGGGGUGUUAGAGGUGUUAGGGUUGUUAAGGUUGUUCUGCUUCGAAGUCGUACCAAGUGCAUGAGUUUAAAGAAGGCGGGGGUGUAA